AUGGAAUCAUGGCGGGAACGAGGGUUUGUACCGGACUCGGACUCGGAGGUUGACUUUGACAGUCAGGAGUCAAAGGUGGUGAAUGGGAGGGUUGAGGAUGGUGAUGGAGGGACGGAAGAGGUUGUUACGCCCAAUGCGAAGCUUACGGCGCCGGCGGCACACGAGGAGGCAAACGAGGGAGAACGGGAUGGGGCAGGUGACGAUGGUACCGACGAAGCUCAGAAUGUGGUAUUGGGCUCGAAGGAUACCGAAGAAAGCACGCCCACCGUUGAAAAGGCAGAGGAAGACUCCACGAUGGUGGAUCGGAGUAUGCCUGCUGCGAGAAAGGCGGCGGAUUCUUCGUCGAGUUCAAGUGGUGUGACCGCCACGAAUCCCAGCACUCCAUCAACGCCUCGCACCCAACCGCAGGCCGGGAUAUGGGACAUUCCCAGCUCCCCAGACGAGUUACAGUUCGAUUUGCAGCCGUCCCGGAGACGGAUAACUUACUUUUCAAAGAGGAAGGACCCCGAACCCCAGAAGAACUCACCGACUAUCAAUGAGGCUGAGACGCAGCUGGUGAACGAGAAUGACAAUAUCUCUCCUCUUUCUUCUCCUCUCUCAUACCUUCAUUCGAUACGUCUGGGUGAAGAUGAUGACAGUUUGCGAGGUAGGCAAGAGGGGCAGAAGGGGACAGAGGCCACAGAAACGCAAGCUCCCCAGAAUCGAGAGGAGCCAUUGCUGCCUUUUGAGAUUCCGGACCAUAUACUACAGGAGAUGUCACAACCCAUGCGCAGGUCAUUGAGACAGCGGAAUCCUAUCCAAUUACACCCAUACCUGCUCGAAGAUGCGAAGUACCGGAGUCUCAUGAAAGCCAGAGGCCUGAAACCCGUACGGGUACCUCACCAUCAAGCUGUACAUGACACAGCCGACGAGAGUCAAAGCAAGGAGUUCGAGCCUCCUUCAAGCAGUCCUAUCGAAGACUUCCAAUUUCCGCCAUCAUCUCCAGCAAUGGAUCCUCCGCUGCCAGACAGAUACGUUCACGAGGAUUCUCUACAUCGGCGAGGUCGUUUAGACUCACAAGGCCAUUUAGCGGACAGACCAGAUGCUCGUCCUUCAAAGCGGCGCAGGGUAUCCCGACCUGAAGAUGCUGAGCGACGCUCUCUGAAACAUGCGCUCCAGCCAAAGGUGGUCAUCUGCCAAUCUCCUGCACGUCCUGAAAAUAACUCUGUCUUCAACAUACCAAGUCCUCCACGCUCAGGCAGCCUCUCCUCCACGCAAACCAGUCAGCACGCCGAGGGAUUCCGUUUCCCACUUGGAUUCACGCCACCGACCUUGACUACGCCGGUUACGGAGCCUCGAGUCAAUGGACGCAAUGCUAUUAAUUCUGACAUGACGGACUGGUUGGCCGGCGCUGAUGACCAGGUUUCUGUGGAUGGUGAAGCCACUAAUCAGAGCCAACUAAACUCCGACGUGGACGAGGAUGCACCUGAGGAAGACGAUGAGCAAGUCGCAGUGAGGGCUUUACAACGGAAGAUCAAAGGUGUGCUACCGGCAUCUUGGCUGCGACUGGACCAAAAGAACCAGAGACAGGAAAAUCUCCCUUCCACGCAGCGACAGCGUGAUAGACUGGCGUCCCAUCGAACAGAAAACGCCAAGGGCGUUGCCAAGAAGAUCACGAAAAAGAAUGAUUCUAGGAUGGCUUCAACUGCUAGGGAGCCAUUGGCAUCGUUAAGUCAUCUUGCGGAUGAUGACAGUGGUGAGAGUACCGGAGCAGAGGAGGACAUGCCUGCAGUCGAUGCCCACAAAAAGCUAGCCGAGUUAUUUGAGCUUGACUUUCCGUUUGACGACGAUAUUGCCGGAGAUGACAUUCCUGAGUCUGAUCAUAUAGACUACAUGUUCCCGCCAAUACCUCGGGGACCAACAGACCCACGAAGUCGAAAGCCGGGCAAGAAACGCCAGAGGACGGAAACAGGUAGCUCACACUCGCAUAGUCACACCAAAAGACCACGAUUGAAGCGACAGACAAGAAUUACCGAUCCUGAAUAUGGAGCCCGAAAGGAGAGGGAUGCGCCGCGCCGUCUCCCUAGACUAGGCAUUUUAGACGCUCCAGACGUUGCUCAUCGGCCUCGAGAAGAACAGCCUCAAUUCUUGAGGGUGGCCGCGCGAAGAGCACGUUCCCGGAAAGACAUGGGCAGGAGAAGCCCAUCCCGCAAGUUCAUCAAGCUGGGAUCGCGACUGGACACGGAAGAUGCUAACAAGUCAUUGGGCGAGUGGCGGAAAGGAAAGCUCCGGCAGACGCAAUUGCCUCAAGUACAGACCAAGCUUUACGCGCGACCGCCAUUGUUGGAUCGCCCUGUCAAUCAAUCAGCCGUUGUUGCCAAUCACAAUCCUCAUUCAAAGGAGAGAGGCUUCUUGCCAGGUCCUAAGAGGGCCGCUCAAGUUGAUCUGACCGACGUUGCUCCUGAUGAGACUCGUCCAGAAGUCCCAGCUAUCGCACCAACCACAGAAAAGGACAUUUCGUCGCGUCCGAAGCCUGCGUCUGAGCAGCAAGGUAGGAAAUGGGUCAUCCGUCGGAACUUUGCCGUUUCAUCUCUGAAGAGAAACGGCCCACGCCCAGCGGAACCCGAAAUAACAGACGCUAGCAGGAACUCUGCUUCACCCUCGCUCUUCCAGAAAACACUUGCACAGCUGAAUCGAGACUACCGGCACAAACACCCGACACAUCGGAGUUUACCCCUUCAUCGUUACCUUGCAAACAGUCUCACACCCUCUCUCCCAACCGGGGUUCAAUCAGAUGUUCCUGCCGAAAUCCCGAACGCGGCCACUGAUGCGUUGCCUACAACUCCAGGUCAUAAUAGACGACGUCAGUUGAAGAAACGACCGCCGCGGCGACUGGACCUUGCUGCACUCGAUGGUCAGGAGGUUGACACUCGAGAUUCUGUCACUAUCAUACCGGCAGAUGGUGUUGUUCUGGAAAACUCGCGUCCUACAAUCAGCAAUGGCAACGGACUAAAGUCUUUUCGGCGCACCUACACCGUCGACUUCGACAUCACACCUCUUUGCCCUGGCACAUUCUUCCAUGAGACUACGUUUAUAGGGAGUGGCCAGUUCUCCCGCUCUCUCAAGGUUGAAUCGCGCAAUAUGGAUGCGAAAACUGAUCUGUCUCGCAUCAAAUUGGGAGACCAGUGUUUCCGGUGGGGUUCAUGGAACGACACGGUCUCUUCUGAACUCGGCCAAGUCUUCGAUGUCAUGAUUGAAGAGAUAGAGACGAACGCCGCCUCUGAGAUUGCAACAGGCAUUGGUCAAGAAACGGCCUCACCCGACGUUUGUGCAUUGUACAGGUCGUUGGUCCAGUAUGUCACAGAACACCUGGCGUUUGAGGAUCCAAUCGAUAGGAUGGGAUUUGUCAAACGAAGCCAGAGUCUCAUUGCAAAACUGAACGAGCAACUUACGGCAAUGGUGUUGAGUGAUGAGCGUCAGAGGGAUUAUCUCACUCGGAUUGCGUCCUACAAUCUUGUGUUUGCGAGUCAAACGUUUCAGGUAGCUCGACAUGCUCUUGUUGAUGGGAAGAUUGCCUACGAGAUCUCAGAUUUGGUCAAGUUUGCUGCCAGACGGGUUCUGGGCUUCAUUGCAAGUCGAACGGCACAGAUACAGAUGCGCACGUUUCUUCAGGACAACAAAUCUCUUACAAAUCGUGAAGCGGGCAUCCAGGCGGACCAAUCUGCCAUCGAGGCCUAUGUGAUUGUGCGACAUGUGUUGUUGUCCAUGGAUGAACUCAAACGGUGCUUCGAUGAGUUGAUUGCUGAAGCCUACUUGUCAGCUGGAGGGGAUUCGAGUAACUCAAGAGAUGUCGAUGGUUUCGAGAAUGGAUGGCAAAGCUUGUUCACCACGUUGCCGCUCAACGAAUUUGAUUCCUGUGGUCUGGUCAGAAUUGGAGCACGCUUCCGGGAAGCCCAUGACAACUGGCUGAUGGUGAAACGAUUGCUCUUACCCGUUCUCGAUAACUACGACACCAACGCUGAAACGCAACCAAUCUCAUGCAACAAUUACUGCAGAGCUCUUUUCCGAAGAUGCUACCAUCUGAUCAAUGGUUGGGGCUGGCGAGAUUGCAGGUCUAUAAUGCAACUCCUGUAUGACUUCUUUGCGAAACGGCACCUCUAUGAUCUGAAGCUCGAGGAGAGCUACAAGUCUCCUUCUUUCCUCGAUGAACUCGACCGCAACCCUUCCUUCGACGUCCAAUCAGGCGACCCAUCUUAUCAUAUCUUUUUGAAGAUUCUGGCAACCGGGCUGCAAUUUCUGCCAUUGUCCUGUGACAAGAAACAGAUCCGAAAUUUCGCUUGGCGACUGCUACCGAAUCACGAUGGAAGAUAUCCCAAGGAAAAGCCCAUUUCUCAAUCGGACUUGGAUGCCGUGAGGAACCAUCAUGAUCUUCUGUGUACUCUUUACUUUGCUGUCCCUGAUGGGUGUCGUCCCCGACUGGAGAUCAUCAAGACCCUUGUUGACCCUGCCAUCUCCCACCGUGAAACGUGCAACAUCAGCAUUCGGGCAUGGAGCAGACUCGUGCGGUUCAAGCUGUCAACCGAUGAGGAAGUAUCUGGACUUGAGCCAUUUGCCGAUUGGCAUUGUUAUUUCCUCAACGAGUUCUUGAAACAGCACUCCCUCGCCCGGAAGGAAAUCGAAGCUCAGAACGCUAUAGAAAAGAGCUUCUCUCAUGAUGAGGUUGAAAAGACAAUUUCUCAGAACCAAAGGCAAAUCGAGUCGUUGCUGACCGUGGCUCUCGGUGGCCUACAGAACGCUGUUCGUGCGGCUCCGACGCUGGAGCAUGCCCGAGUCGUUGUUUCCAAAGCACCUGUUCGCGCAAUUCUGGGCCUUUUCAAUCCCAGGGUUGCUCGUGUGAAUGCUGUAGUUUCUGAGGCGUUGCAGGUAAUCAUUGCUUACCUUCAGAAAUGCAACGCGAACACUGUCCCGGCGGGGAAGGCUCCCACAGUUCCAGUUGACGAAGACAGCCAGGAGUAUGGGGACUGGACAGACAUUGAAGCAAUAUACGGGGACGAAAGCCCUCCAGCAAGCAAAGGUGUUGAGCACGUAGAAUCGGUUUUCCUUCCAGCUGUAUCCCGUCUUGUGUCGAACUGUUUUGGCGAGGAUCACUGUCCUGAAGAUGCAAUACUCCUGAAUGUUGUUGAUUGCUGGACUUCCAUUGCCUCAGUUCUUGUGAAGCACGGGCUGAAACAUUGGGAUAAUUAUCUCGGUCAUUACGAUGGAGAGUCGUGGUCGUCGCUUCGAUCGACUGUGCAGACAAGAAAGUUUACGCCCCUUUUCCUUGCAAGCUGUAUUGAGAGAGAUCCACAAUGCCUGUCUGAGUGUAGGCUUCUGAUACUGAGCACGUGGCUGUCAAGCUUGGUUGAGCGGGUAUCGAUGCUCAAAUUCCAGCAUCGUCUCACGGUGGCGCUAUUAAACCUCGACACCACGGACCCGUUAUUGCACAACUUGCCAUUCUCGAAAGAUCGGCAGAAUGAUCGGUAUUCGAUAUCGUUGGAGGAUCUCAGUCAACGAAGGCUGUCACUUCUCUCGAGUCUACUUUCGAAUAUGCGAGGACACGUUCAGGAUCUGGAAGACACAGAAAGUCGGGAGCUGUCAAGUACGAAGCGGGACUACAGAGAAUUGAUUCAGCGGAUGAUGGCAUCCAUGAAGGCAAACUACCAGGAGCUGGGCAAUGGAGGAGCCAGCGCACAAGGAGCAUACGUUGACUUUGUUCAUCGGAUCGUUGGGUUCCUGCAACAGUACAGCAGGGAUAUCUGCCCUAUUGAUUCGUUCUUCACUGAUCCUACAUCUUUCCCACUGCCUUCCGGGGAUCCAACCUACAUUGUCGCCAGGCUCAAGAGCUACGAGCCGAAGCUCUGUUCUGAGAAGGUAGUGAAGUCCUUGAUCGUGUUUGUCCAGGGUGUAUCGGAGAGAGCAGCCAUCGAUGGGCAGCAAGUAUAUCUGGUUGACCAGCUACAUACGUCCAUGGCAGAUAUCUACGAGACUGGAGACUCGUAUAAGCCUACUUUGCGUGCAAUCCUCCUACAAUGCGUCUUUUCCGCCUAUAUCGAGUGCGCGUUCACCAAUCCUGCUGCAUGGCUCCUCACUCGACCGAUUAUACAGACGGUGUCUCUCGUCUUCCAAGACUUGCUCUUCUUCAUGGAUAUCACGGAUGCAAUGUGUCGGUCCUCCGUCUUAGCUAUUCUUGGUGCUGUCUUCCGAUCAUCCUACCAAGCCGUUCGGUAUAUCACAGGAACCCCCCGCAGGAUUACCGACUCUACCGUGAUUGCCACACUCACUAGUCUUGUCGAAAUGAUUACCUCUGCGCUCCCCGUUGUGGAUUACAUAGAUCGAGCGACAGAUGUGGGAGGAUGUGCCGUCUUACAGAUCGGUGCUCUUCGUGGACUUGUUCUUUUCGUCGCGUCCUCCCUUCGUGAACAGCCCCUGGCGAGCGAGGUAUUGGACAGGGUACAACCGUUCAAGGCCUUCGAUAACGACGACACUACGAACCCUGCUGUCCCGUCGUUCUUCCAUGAUCUUCGCACUGCGGCAACGCAUGAACUGCAAUCCUAUCUCACCGACAGCUGGUCGCAGCAUCAGGGGAAGUACUACUUCACCCGGCGUGGCGGUCACCAGCCACAGGAAGUCCAGCUUGAGCCUUCGGUUGCGGCGGAGAUUGAGCGCACACCAGUGGCAGCGUUUGACCAGGCUGUCCAGACCUUUUUGGAUACUGUGAGGGCCGUUGAUUUAUUUGAUGAGGCGGAUUAA